UUGCUCUACUAAAGAUCGUGUGGUUGGUUAUUUGCAGAAAUGGUUAAAUCAGAUUUUAAAAACGUUAAAUCUGCACAGCUAGGAGGGCUGAUGACAAUUUAAACAAACAAAGGUCCACUUCCUCUGCAGGUCGCACAGAUAUCACAGCAAGAACAGUUUUUCUAUUUCUUCUUGUUACACACUGAAGCUCCUUUCACCCAACUUCAGACAAAAGUAUAAAAAUGGGACCAGAAGACAAAAUUAAACCAGAAGAAAGAACAAAAUGUUCUAUUUUCUGCUUGAUGUUCAUGGUCAGCACUGUUGUUCCGGUCGGAGGAUUCUUCCUAAAGGGCUGCAACCUCAGCAACACCACAGUCAAAUGUGCCAUAACCGACUCCAAGCUGGAAACUAUUCCUCAAGAUAUUCCCCCGACAGUGACGGUCUUUGAUUUAUCAAAAAACUGCAUCUCAAGAAUACAACCAUCGGAUUUCCCUCACCUACCAGUGCUGAAGUGGCUAAACGUUCAACAAAAUCAGAUUUCUCUAAUGGACAGCUUUGCUUUUUCCGGUUUACGAUCCCUCCGAAAGUUAACUUUAAACACCAACAAACUGGUUAAACUGGUGGAGAAUGUUUUUGGUGGUUUGGGCAACCUGACCGAACUAAGGCUUAAUACUAAUCAAAUCAAAACCGUUUCGUCCACCUCUUUCCGGUCCUUGACAAGCUUAAAGAUUUUGGAUAUUUCCAACAACAAACUGCACAAGGUUUCAAAUGUGCAUCUAAUUCUGCAGCAUCUGCCACAUCUGCAGGAGCUGGGCAUGAGAGGAAAUGGUCUGAGAAGGUUUCACUCAUGGGAACUUACCAACUGCUCACUGGGACUUCGUGCACUUGAUUUAUCACGAAAUCCUCUCCGAGUCUUCAGCGUAACCGACGACGUGUUUCCAGAUCUGACUCGCUUUAUUAUUGGCGACGCUUCCAGUAACAUGCAGAUGAAAUGGGAUUUACAUAACAAGAGCUUCCUGAGUCGAGUCGCCAGUCUGGAUAUUUCUGGGCUUUAUGCAAGCUUUGAUGACAAAAGUGCUUUGCUUGAAUCAGUGAACUCGUCACUAACUUCUCUAGCAUUGAACAGAAUGAAGAGGAUGAAUUAUACCCUUGCAAAACUCAUCAUCCUUUCUUGCACCAUUCCCUCAGUGUCGACACUGCAGGUUCGAAACAACAAGUUGAAAAUAAUCAAUCAGAAUAUGUUUCAGUUGUGUGUUAAUGUGAUUAAAUUAGAUUUAACCCAGAAUCAAAUACAAACUAUCCAUGAAAACGCAUUCGUGCCUCUGAAAAAUCUCAAAACGUUGAUCCUCAGUCUAAACAAACUUUCGUCAGUGCCAACAGCCGUAGGAAGUCUGCAUCAUCUCGAGACGCUGGUUCUCAGUUCCAACAAAAUCGCUGCAGUUAAAUGUGACGACUUCGCCAAUCACGAGAAGCUCGUCGAGCUGAAGUUGAACAACAACUCGAUCUCUGUCCUGGAUCAUUGCGUUUUCAAAGAUUUGGUAAAACUUCAAGUUCUCAAACUACAAUCAAAUGAGAUAACUGAUUUAAAAAGCGCUUUUGAGAAACAUUUACCAAAACUUAAACAGCUUCAUCUCAACGGAAAUAAACUCACUGCUAUUAAAAAGGGAGCGUUUCAAGGCUUGAGGUCCCUUCUGAACUUAACAUUACAUGAAAACAAAAUCAAGACCAUUGAUGCCAACGGUUUUGCUGGAUUGACGAAUCUCACAGAGCUUCAGCUUCACUCAAACGCCCUGAAAAGCAAUGCCUUAGAGACAGGAGCAUUCAAUUCCCUCAUUAGACUGAGAAGACUGGAUUUAAGCAACAACAACAUAAAAUAUUCCAGCAGCACAGCUUUGAAAAAAUCCCCAUUUUCUCAGCUGUCGCAGCUGGAGGAGUUGUCCAUUCGUGGACAGCGAUCCAGAGGCAAGUCGUAUCUGCCUCGAAACAUCCUCCAAGGUUUGGCAAAACUUCGGCGUUUCAGUGUCAGGAACUCCCAGCUCAUCCACCUGGACGCUGGCACAUUGAAAGAUGCACCUGAACUGGAAGAACUCGAUGUCAGCUCAAACGAUUUGCCCGAUCUGUCUGCAGAGCUCUUCUCUUCAACUGGAAUGCUUAAAAGCCUCUACAUAUCCAGAACAUCACUUCGUUCAUUAGAUUUCUUUAUUGAUGCUAACCUGACCAAGCUGGAGUUCUUGCAAGCGAGAAAGAAUCAAUACUCAGUCAUCACGGAGGAGGUAAUCGAGUCCCUACCAGCCCUGGUUUACGUGGACUUGUGGGGAAACAGUUUCACGUGCGACUGCGACAACGCCUGGUUCCUCAACUGGUCGAUAGCCAGCAGACAAACGCAGGUUUAUGAUGCAUCUAACUUCCUGUGCAACUAUCCAGAAGGCUUCAAAGGUAAACAUUUUCUGGACUUUGACCUAAUCUCCUGCUCCGUGGAAACUGGCUUCAUCUGCUACGUGUCUACAACAUGCAUGGUCCUUUGUUUCCUGGUUGCAACCUUCACCUACCACUUCAUGAGGUGGCAGCUGUACUGUGCCUACUACUUCUUCUUGGCUUGGCUCUACGACAAAAAGCACGAGAAUAGUCAAACUCCUCAUCAGUACGAUGCCUUCAUCUCCUACAACACCCACGAUGAGCCCUGGGUGGUUGGAGAGCUUCUACCCAAACUGGAAAGAGAGCAAGGCUGGAGGUUGUGUCUGCACCAUCGGGACUUUGAACCAGGGAGGCCCAUUGUAGAUAACAUAUCAGACGCCAUCUAUGGAAGCAGGAAGACCAUCUGUGUCAUCAGUCACAGAUACCUGGAGAGUGAGUGGUGCUCCAGAGAGGUCCAGACAGCCAGUUUCCGACUCUUUGACGAGCAAAAGGACGUUCUGAUCCUGGUGUUUCUGGAGGACAUUCCCACCUAUCUGCUGUCUCCUUACCACCGAAUGAGGAAGCUGCUGAAGAAGCAGACCUACCUGAGCUGGCCACGGGCUGCAGACCAUCCGGAGGUGUUCUGGGAGAAACUACGGCAGGCUCUGCAGACUGGAGAGAAUCUGAAUCAGCACAAUUUAGACUUAAUUGUGUUACAGACACGAAAACUUAUCCCGGAUAACAUAACAGACUUCAUCUAUAGAAGCAGGAAGACCAUCACUGUCGUCAGCCACAAAUACCUGGAGAGUGAGUGGUGCUCCAGAGAGGUCCAGACAGCCAGGCGGUCAGGGGCGAGCGACGGGCUGGUGAGCAGGAUUGAUCCAGUGAGUCUUUUGCUUGAUGGUGGAAGUUGGCAGAUGAAUGGAAGGUACCUGAGGAGGUCGGAGGUAACAGGGCAGAUUAACACAAUUGAAGCGAGGAUCACAGGACAGAGUUAUUAUACUCAUCCAGCCUUAAUGAUGGGGUCAAACGGAGGAAAUCAGUCUAAGCUCAUCUUCGUUUUUCUCUUGAUGGUCACAUCUGGGCUGAUUGUUCCAGUUGAAGGAUUUUUCCUGGAAAGCUGCGUAAUCACCAGGAACACAGCACAGUGUGUAAAGAAAAAACUCACAACCGUACCUCAAGAUAUUCCCCCAACAGUGACUGGAUUUGACUUAUCUGUAAACAGACUCUCAAAGAUACAAGCGUCGGAUUUCAAGGAUCUACCCUUUCUGACCCGACUGGACCUGAAUCGUAACUACAUCUCUCAGAUCGGCAGCUUUGCGUUUGCCGGUUUGAUUUCCCUCCAGAAGUUAAAUCUAAACAACAACAAAGUAGUUCAACUGGAGGAGAACGUUUUUCACGGAUUAAGCAACCUCACAGAACUAAGAAUGAAUUACAAUCGCAUCAAGGUUGUAACCACCACCUCCUUUCAAUCCUUGACUAGACUUAGGAGCUUAGACCUUUCUGAAAACAAGCUCCAAACGAUGGAUGACCUUCGUCUAAUUCUGCAGCAUCUUCCACAGCUAAAGGAGCUGCUGCUGAAGAGAAACGCUUUCAAAAGCUUUCAUUCGUGGGAACUUCCAAACCGUUUGGGGGAACUUAACGCUCUGGAUUUGUCUUUUAAUCCCUUAGACAAGUUCAUAAUCACAGAAGAUGUCUUUCCAAAUCUUACGCGCUUCGUCAUUGGAGACCUUUACAGAAAAGCGCAGAUGAAGUGGGACGUCCGUAGUCAGACUUUCCUGAGUCGAGUAUCCAAGCUCAAUAUCAGUGGUCUUCAUAUGGCUCUUGAUGACAUGAAAGCUUUGUUUGAAUCGGUGAACUCGUCACUGACUCAUUUAACUAUGAACGGAAUGAAAGGAAACCUCAGAGCGCUCAUUAACACUUCUUGCGCCAUCCCAACGAUGUCCACGUUACAGGUUAGUCGUAACAAGCUCAAAUUCGUCGGUCACGAUUUUUUCAAAUUGUGCGCUAACGUAACUGAAUUAGAUCUGUCGGAAAACAAAAUAGUAAACAUCCAAGAUGAUGCCUUCACACCUCUGGAAAAUCUACUAAUUUUAGACCUGAGUCGCAACAGACUUCUAACCAUUCCAUCAGCCAUGAAAAGUCUAGGGCACCUCUCCAAGCUGGACCUCAGCUUCAACAACAUCAGCACCAUUGGGUGUGAAGACUUCUCCAGUCUGACGAAGCUCCAAGAGCUAAACCUAAAGAACAACUAUUUUCCGGCUCUCAAAGCAUGUGCUUUUAAAGACUUGACACAACUCAAAGGUCUAAAAUUGCAAUACUGUCACAUCAGCAACUUAAAUGGGGCUUUUGUAAAACACUUGCCAAACCUCCAAUGGCUGCAGCUGAACAGAAACAAACUCACCACGAUCAAACGGGGCGAGUUGAGCGGAUUGUGGUCACUGCUGAAUUUAUCAUUACACGAAAAUAAAAUACGGAAUCUCAAUCACAACAGUUUUGUUGGAUUGACUAAUCUUUCAUCUAUUAGACUGCAAUCAAAUUUGAUCACAAGUCAGGACUUGAACACAGGGGCUUUCAAUACACUCGUAAACCUACGGAAACUGGACGUAAGCGAUAACCACAUCAAAUUUGUUCAAAGUGCAUCUGAGAGUCAAGCACCGUUUUCUAACCUGCAACAUUUAGAGAAGUUGUCCAUAAACACACAGCACCUCAAAGGAAAGUCACGCCUGCCUCCGCACCUCCUGAAAGGUUUAACGAGUCUUUUAAGUUUCAGCGUCCGAAACAUUCAGCUCAUCAGUUUGGACAAAGAAGCUUUCAAAUACACACCUAACCUGGAGCGACUUGAUGUCAGCUCAAACGACUUGGGCAAUCUGCCUGCAGAACUGUUUUCCCCAAUUCCAAACCUUAAAAGCCUCUACAUCUCCAGAGCAUCUCUUCAGUCGCUUGAUUUCUUUAUCAAGGCCAACUUGACCAAAGUCGAUUUUGUGCAGUCAACUCACAAUCAAUACUCAGUCAUCAGCAAAGACGUAAUCGAGUCCCUGCCAGCUCUGGCUUCCGUAAACUUGGAUGGAAACAGUUUCAUGUGUGACUGCGACAACGCCUGGUUCCUCAACUGGACGAAAGCCAGCAGACAAACGCAGGUUUUAGGUGCCUCUAACUUCUUGUGCAACUAUCCAGAAGACUUUAAAGGUACAGCGUUUUUGGACUUUGACCCAACCUCCUGCUCGGUGGAAACUGGCUUCAUCUGCUACGUGUCUACAACAUGCAUGAUCCUUUGUUUCAUAGUCGCAUCCUUCACCUACCACUUCAUGAGGUGGCAGCUGUACUGUGCCUACUACCUGUUCUUGGCUUGGCUCUACGACAAAAAGCACGAGAAUAGUCAAACUCCUCAUCAGUACGAUGCCUUCAUCUCCUACAACACCCACGAUGAGCUCUGGGUGGUUGGAGAGCUUCUACCCAAACUGGAAGGAGAGCAAGGCUGGAGGUUGUGUCUGCACCAUCGGGACUUUCAACCAGGGAAGCCCAUCAUUGAUAACAUAUCGGACGCCAUCUAUGGAAGCAGGAAGACCAUCUGUGUCAUUAGUCGCAGAUACCUGGAGAGUGAGUGGUGCUCCAGAGAGGUCCAGACAGCCAGGUUAGGAGGCGGCUAGUACACGAUUUUCAGAGUUUUUGCCUUUUUGCUUCCACGUCUAUUUAUUUUUGCAAGAUUUUGUACUUCUUUAUUUAUUUCACCUUUUAGAUAAGACAACCCGUUUCAUUUUUCCUUGUCAUACAUGCACAUUUUUCUCCCCCCACAGUUUCCGGCUCUUUGACGAGCAAAAGGACGUUCUUAUCCUGGUGUUUCUGGAGGACAUCCCCACCUAUCUGCUGUCUCCUUACCACCGAAUGAGGAAGCUGCUGAAGAAGCAGACCUACCUGAGCUGGCCGCGGGCUGCAGACCACCCAGAGGUGUUCUGGGAGAAACUACGGCAGGCUCUGCAGACCGGAGAUCAUCUCAACAAAGAAAAACGAAACCUUGGAAUCUUAGAGCCUCAAACAUAAAACGGAGAUGGAGGAGAAUUACCCUAGCUAACUCACUGCUGCUGUUUGGAUGCAAGAGCAUUUUUCUGCAGACACCAAAUAAUUUCCUUAUUUUAUCCACCAACUGUUUAAAAGAUGCAAACUGUAUUUUUUUUGUCCUAAGCUGGAAUAUAUUAAUAGCAACUGGUUGCAUCUUCUAAGAAAAGGAAGUGAGCCUGCACACAAACUCAUUUCUAUAGAACCACUGUUCAAAAACAUUACCGUGCGUGUCUGGCAGUAGGUUUUGUUUCUGGUUGGUUUAAAGGGAACCUAGAAUUAAUCGUGUUGCUGUUGAAUAUGGCCAUCUUCCUGUUGGCUGCUGAUGGAGACAAGAGACCUAGAACGGGAACACCGUUUUUUUUUUUUUCAGUAAUGUGAUUCUUUAUGCGAUGAGUGGAAUGAGUUUUCUUGUCGGACCCAACCUCUACUUUAGAGUUGUUUUUGUUGUGUAAUAUUAGAGCCACCUGUUGUUCUCAGCUUGAUUUGAAGGGUUGACAUUUGUAAAACAUGAGACAGUUGACAUCUACAAGAUCAAGAUGUGCAAAUGAUUAUAAUACAAUAGUUAUGUCUGCUUCUAUAAAUAAAAUGCCCAGGUCUCUCUUCCUCAGUCAGUUCAUAGAAAGAGGACAUCAGGAGGAUACGUCAUUAUCUCAGCGACAUUUUUCUCCUCUACAUAUUUGCAUUUUGACCAGGGUGGACUGGGACCAAAAUUCGGUCCUGGCAUUUUUACAAAUCGUUGGCCCUCCCCAUUGGGAGAGCGGUGGGGGUGGGGGUUGUUGCCGCCCGCAGACUCGUCUCUAGGCCGAACGUGAGAUCUAAAAUGGACUGGGACUGUUAAAUUACAAGCAGGGCCAGACAGCUGUGACCGGGAGCCCUGGCCUUCCAGAUCAGCUCAUUCUCCACGGGCGGAGAUCAGCGGAGCAUUAGCUACAUGCUAACGCAGUAAAACAACUCCUACGUCAUCGCUCUACUGUGUUUUUCUUGCUAAAAAUGCCUGUAAAAACUCUGUUAGCUUUGGGUUACCGUGUAGCUAACGUUCUGCAGAUAACCAACUGUGGAGUAGUGUUGGUCCAAGCUGGGCAAGCAGCCCACUUGGCUAAGCGGCCCACUGGGACAGUGCCAGAAUGCCAGAUAGACCAGUCCACCCCUGAGACCCUAAAAGGAAAAUAUUUCUAAUAUUUUAGGGUAAAGGUCAGUGAUUAAUGCUAACCAGUGUACUCCGUACCUGGCCGUUGUCUGGGAUUUUCACAGACCACUGGCUCAGAGCUUCACUGAUCUGUUUAUCUGUUUAUUCACUUGCUGUGUUUUAUGCUAAGCUAAAGGUAAAGGAGUACAGCCGACUCAGAAGAAUGUCUGGGCUGCUUAAAAUUGUCUAACUCUGGGACAUAUGUCCAGGGAAAAUCUCAUCUUUGGGUGGAAUAUCCCUUUAACAUCACUGACUCAAUUCUGAAUUGUGACACAGAAAAGGACCCAAAUGCAGAUCCAAGGCAGACUUAACAAAACUAACAAGCUUACAGAUAGAAUAAAAAUAAAGUAACUGGAGGCACAUAUAAGGCAGCAGGGAGGAUGUGACUCUGAAGGAAACAAGAGCCGUUUAGUCAUGACUGGAAUGAGAGACUGCUGGAGGAGCACAGGUGUCAGGGUUGAGAGGCUGCAAAGAACUAACAAAGAAAAAAUAUCACUGUAAAAAAACCAAAUGAAGACUAAAUAAAUAUGAAGUUUGAUGGAAGAAUAAGACAGGCCGGAUAUUAUCCGUAAAAGUUAAAAUUUCAUAUUUCAUCAUUUUGUAAACAUUUUCUUAUGUUUGCUUUAAGCCUGUUUGAUGCCAAAGCUUGGGAUUUUCUCAGGAUGUUGUAAUAGUGAUGAUAUGCGCCUUCAUCUUUUAUUUGACUUUUGUGACGUUUUUAUAAUUUAUCUUUUUCUGAGUGACUUCAGCUUUCUAAUCUGUUGUCGACGAGCUGGAGAGAAUCUGAGUCAUGACAGUUAUGCUUCAGUAUAAUGGAACAGAAACAGGGUAAUCGGCCAGUAAGUCGCAGUUAACAAACCAUUAUGAAUGGCUUAUUAUGAUACAACUCUUAAUUUAUGGCCUGUUAAUGUUAGAAUUACAGCAGUAGUAAUAAGCUCUUAAUAAGUGUUUACUAAUGACUAGUUCAGACUUAGUAGUCCACUAAUAUGCAUAUUAAUUGGCAGCUAAUUAAUGAUUAAUUUGUGUUCCCUAAACUAACGUGUUAUCAAAAAUCUUCAUGUUUAUUGGAAAAAAUAUAUAUAUAUUUUUUCUGUUCUACAAAUUUCUCCUUUUGUCAAGAGAUUGAAUUUUUUCCUUAUUCUGAUUAUUUCUGUUUAACGUUUUCAAGCACUGUCAAGCUGAAGAAAGAGUCCUAUCAGGUCUUUUUGGCCUGUGGGACUCCAGAUGCAGCUGGCGGGUACCGGCAGUCCAAGCGGAACGUGGCUCGGGUGGUCGCCGAGGCAAAAACCCGGGCAUGGGAGGAAUUCGGUGAGACCAUGGAGCAAGACUUCCGUACAGCUUCGAGGAGAUUCUGGUCCACAAUCCGGCGCCUCAGGGGGAGAAAGCAGUGCGCUACCAACACUAUCUAUAGUGGGGACGGUGUGCUGCUGAUCUCUGCUCUGGUCAGGAUUCCUCCUGGACGUCUCCCUGGUGAGGUUUACCGGGCACGUCCAACCGGGAGGAGACCUAAAGGUAGACCCAGGACAUGAUGGAGGGACAACGUCUCUCACCUGGCCAGGGAACGCCUUGGGAUUCCCCCGGA